AUUUGUUAGAGCCUAAAGCUGGCAAAGAGGAGGUGGUCAUGAAACUCAAGACACUGGAGUCCAGUGUGAGCACUGGCCGGAAAUAGGAAACUGGCUCUUGUAUCUGUGAAUGUCGUGGGAACGGAGAAGAUUUGAAAGGAAGGCAGUCCGCACAGUGGGUAGCGUGAGCCUGGAAGACCCCCCGUGCAGAGGAGGAAGGAUUUAGGGUAGACCACCUGGGCUGACAGACCCCCAGGGUGACCCCGUCGAGACUGCUGCCCAGGAGAGGCCCCCACAUCAGCCCGUCUGUGGGGUUUGGCCUCUGCCCGGUGGCCCGUGACAGUGGCAUCUGUGGUGGGCCUUCUGUCUUCUCCAGGUGCAGAAUGGAUUCCUGAGGGUCAUCAUCAAAAGGCUCUCCCCACCCCGCCUCUGCCUCUGUUUCCAUCGCCCACAGCUUCCAGCUCAGAGUCGACGAUAGAGCUGCACCCACACCAAGGGCAGGGAGUUCUGUUCUGCUCCCUCCCCUCUUCAUCAAAAGACCCUCCUCAGACACCCGAGAACUGUGGUUGUCCUGUGGUCCCCCGACACCCGGAGCCCCGGGCUACACCUGACCCAUCAAUAAGGAGGGGUGUCGCUAAGGAGGGGUGCGAGGUGACAGCUGUUGGCUGUCGGUCCACCACAGGCUCCUGGUCGGUGCUCACUUUCCCAGACUAGACACAGUCCAGGCGGCUCUGCAGCUGCAUGUCCUGGUGGCACGUCAGACCAGCUGGAGCUCCGUGAACCCGGAGACCUGGGCCUUCACAAAUGGCCCCACAGGAGCCUCAGGGAAGAGGAGCCAAAGAUUACGGAGCAUCAGAGCUUUCAUGUUUAAUGCCGCUGAGCCCAACACUUGUCUCCAGAAAACAACUGGGAGGUGUCUCUGCAUUGCCCAAGACUCCUCGCAGGGACCACGACCGGAGCUGUCAGAGGCGACACUUUGCAGCUGGGCUCUGGGACCGAGGCGGCGUCAGCCAGACUUGACGAGCAACCAUGGCAGUCAACAAGGGCCCGACCUUGCUGGACGGAGACCGCCCUGAGCAGGAGAACGUGCUGCAGCGGGUGCUGCAGCUGCCCGUGGUCAGCGGCACCUGUGAGUGUGUGCAGAAGACCUACACCAGCACCAAGGAAGCCCACCCGCUGGUGGCCUCCGUGUGCAGCGCCUACGAGAAGGGCGUGCAGGGCGCCAGCAGCCUGGCCGCCUGGAGCAUGGAGCCAGUGGUCCGCAGGCUGUCCACCCAGUUCAUAGCUGCCAACGAGCUGGCCUGCCGGGGCCUGGACCACCUAGAGGAGAGGAUCCCUGCCCUGCAGUACCCUCCCGAAAAGAUCGCGUCCGAGCUGAAGGACACCAUCUCCACCCGCCUCCGCAGCGCCCGCAACAGCAUCAGUGUGCCCAUCGCCAGCACUUCGGACAAGGUCCUGGGGGCGGCCCUGGCCGGCUGCGAGCUCGCCUGGGGGGUGGCCAAAGGCACUGCUGAGUAUGCCGCCGGCACCCGCGCGGGCCGCCUGGCCUCAGGAGGGGCCGACCUGGCCCUGAGUGGUGUGGAGAAGGUGGUCGAAUGCCUCCUCCCUCCAGCCGAGGACGAGUCAGCGCCCGCUCCGGAACGCCAGCACCCCCGCACACCUCCCAAGACCAAGCCAAGCCUCGUGAGCAGGGUUGGGGCCCUGGCCAACACCCUGUCCCGACACACCUUGCAGACCACAGCCCAAGUGCUGAAGCAGGGCCACGCCCUGGCCAUGUGGGUCCCCGGCGUGUCACCCCUGAGCAGCCUGGCCCAGUGGGGCGCGUCCGCGGCCAUGCAGGUGGUCUCCCGGCGGCGGAGCGAGGUGCGGGUGCCCUGGCUGCACAGCCUCGCCGCGGCCCAGGACGAGGACCACGAGGACCAGACAGACACCGAGGGGGAGGACAGCAAGGAGGAGGAAGAGGAGGAAGAGGAGGAGGUUGAGGAGCUCAGUGAGGUGGCAGCCCUGCCCCGGCCGCAGGGCCUCCUGGGCGGUGUGACGCAGGCCCUGCACAGGGCCAUCCGGGGCACCGUCGCGGUCGUGACCUGGGCGCCUGCCACGGUUCUGGGCACGGCUGGGCGGGUGCUGGGCCUCUCACCAGCCCGCACUGCCGCCCCGACCAAGGGGCGGGCCAUGUCCCUGUCGGACGCCCUGAAGGGCGUGACAGACAACGUGGUGGACACUGUGGUGCACUAUGUGCCGCUCCCCAGGUUGUCACUGAUGGAGCCCGAGAGCGAGUUCCGGGACAUCGACAACCCACCGGAUGAGACCGAGCGCAGAGCAUCUGGGGUGCGGCCAGCCAGCCCGGAGCCCAUAGCGCGCCCAGUGCAGCACCGAGGCAGCCUGCGCAGCGUGAGGGCUCAGGGCCUGGAGGACGGAGCGGACCCGCUCGCCGCACCACGCCCGGCCUUCCCGGCUGCACCCCGGGAGAAGCCAGCACGCAGGGUCAGCGACAGCUUCUUCCGGCCCAGCGUCAUGGAGCCCAUCCUGAGCCGCGCGCAGUACAACCAGCUGCGUAAGAAGAGCUAAGCGCCCCGCCAGCCACUGCAACCAGGAAGCCAGGACCCUCUCUAACGUGUCCAAAGUAGUCCCCUGGGCCCCUGCGCCGCGGCACACGCGGCACACGUCGUCUUCACGCAUCUCUGGGGGCCUUAGCUUGCGGCCAAUUUUAAAGAAAAAUCUGAGCAGCAACCUGC